GAAGCAUGAAGAGUUGUUAAGUCGAAAAUGGAGCCUAUAUUUUGCAUGCUGAUUUUUACCUGCAUGAUCUUUGGAAAUUCAGAGGGUUUUCAGAUUAUCCACAUCCAGAAACAACAAUGCCUUUUCGAAAGUAAGAGAGUAUCAUCUGUGGCCAUAUGCAAUGAAACCAAUCAAAACCAGCAGUGGAUGUGGACAGAUGAUGAAAAACUUCUCCAUGUUAAAUCUUCCCAGUGUCUGGGUGUCUCCAACUCCUCAGCUUCCCAUUCUCGAGCUGCCAUCUUCCUCAACUGCUCUCAGGCUCCCACUUGGACUUGCCAUGAGAAAGAAGGGUUCCUUGAGGUGACAAAUUCUUCUUUCUUCCUCAAGAAACAAGGCAACAGGGUAGUGGUCAAGAGGGGCAGGAAAUACCUCCACAGCUGGAUGAAAAUAGACAUCAACAAGAAGGGAGAAUCUACCAAUGAAAGUCUCUGCUUAAAGAAAGCUCACCAAGAUGGAGAAACUUUAGCAAGGAUCACUAGAAAUACCACUUCUCCAAAGAUCCCCAUUACCAUAAAUGCUGUUACAUAUGACCCCAAGAAUCUGGUUGGGAAUGUCACAGAGGUCCUAGCAAGGGAUGCUACCAAAAACUAUGGCACCAGCAGCACUGGGAAUCCUCAUAUGCAGAUGACUGGGAUUACAGAGGAACCUUGGGCACAGACGACUACCCAACAGUAUCUCAGCACCACAGCAGAGAGUGGCCUCGGGGAGCCCCUGAGGUGUGACAUCAACCUGAUCCAAGCCAAGGUCUCCAGCAGCUCUGCUAGUCUCAGGUGGAGCACAGAAGGGUCACCCUGUAACUUUAGCCUCAUCUACAGCUCCGACACCUCUAGGAGCGCCCUGUGCUCCGCUCUGCAGAUUGCCAACCAUACCUACGAAUGUAACCCCGAGGAUUUACAAGCUGGAACAACCUAUCAUUUCAGUAUUGUGUCUCAGGAUGGAGAUACGAGAACCAUCUCCUUGCAAACAGCCCCUUUACCUCCCACAAGGUUUGAAGUUGAUGUGAACAAGACCACUUCCACAAGCUUGCACGUCUGGUGGGCCCCGUCUUUGGGAAAGGUUGAUUCAUAUGAGCUGCAGUUGUUCAAUGACAAGAACCAGAAGAUCCAGGAGACUAUAAUUCCAGAAAGUACUUUCCAAAAUGAAAAUACGUUUUCCAACCUCACUGCUGGUAGCAAAUAUUAUUUUGCCAUUCAAGCUAUUUCUGGAAAUAAAAGCAGCUCUGCAAUUCACAUCAAUGGAUCUACCGUACCAUUCCCAGUGAAAGCUAUCCAAACCUCCACCAAGACUGAUACUCUCCAGGUUUCCUGGUCCUCAGGUUCUGGCAAUGUGGACCAAUAUAGGGUGAUGUUACUGGAUAAAGGGAGAACAGUUCAUGACAUCAGUGCAGAAAAGCAUGUUACUGUGCACACUUUUCAUGGACUGACCCCAGGCCAUCUCUACAACCUCACAAUCGUAACUGAAGCAGCGGGGUUACGGAACUACAAGUCUAAAUUAAUUAGGACAGCCCCAGUGGAAGUCUCAAAUCUGAUGGUAACUAAUGAGGAUAGCUGCAUUUCUCUCAAAGUCAAAUGGAAAAGACCACCAGGAAACCUGGAUUAUUAUAAUAUCACGUUGUCUCAUCAAGGGAAUGUUAGAGAAUUCAGAACUAUAGAAGCCUGGGUGACUGAGGCCCACUUUGAGGGCUUGACUCCAGGACGCCUGUAUCAGAUCACUGUCUCUACCAUCAGUGGUGAACUCUCUGCUCAGAAAAUAGCAAUGGGGAGAACAGUUCCUGAGAAAGUUACGAAGUUGAAGACGAUCAGUAAUGGCUGGAUGAGAUCCCUCAGAGUGGGUUGGUUGCCUCCCACUGGAGACUGGGAGUUGUACCGCAUUGUACUGUUCAAUGGCUCUUCAGUGCUGCUCAACACUACCGUGGGGAAAGAUGCAAAGGUCUUUGAUUUCCCUGACCUAGGGCUAAUGCCUGGAAGACAGUACGAGGUAGAGGUCACUGUUGAGAGUGGAGACCUAAAGAACACAGCUCGCUGCCAAGGUCGAACGACCCCCCAGCCUGUCGUGCAGCUCCGAGUAAAGCAUGCCAAUGAAUCCUCUCUGAGCAUCAUGUGGUCGACCCCUGUAGCAGAAUGGGAUAAAUACGCCAUUUCCCUAGCAGACAGGGAUCUCAUACUCAUCCACAAGGCAUUAUCCAAAGAAGCCAAAGAAUUCACGUUCACAGACCUGGUGCCCGGAAGAAAGUAUGUCGCUACAGUUACCAGCAUCAGCGGAGAUUUGAGAAAUUCGUCAUGGGUAGAAGGAAGAACAGUGCCUGCUCAGGUGACUGGCCUGAAAGUGUUCAAUCAAGGGACAACCAAUAGUUUAUUCACCAACUGGACCAGAGCACAAGGAGAUAUUGAGUUCUACCAAGUCUUACUAAUUCAUGAAAAUGUUGUUAUUAAAAACGAGAGUGUGUCCAGUGAGACCAGUGGCUACAGCUUCCACUCUCUCAAGCCUGGUGGCCUCUAUUCAGUGGUGGUUACAACAUUAAGUGGAGGGAUCUCUUCCCGACAAAUGAGGGGAGAGGGACAGACAGUCCCUUCUAAUGUCAGUGGAGUAACAUUGAAUAAUUCUGGUCGGAGUGAUUACCUCAGCAUUUCCUGGCUACCAGCUCUUGGAGAUGUAGAUAGCUAUUCUGUGACUCUCUCUCACGGUGAUAAGAUUGUUCAGUCCCUUCCUAUUGCAAAAUCCAUCAGCGAAUGCUCCUUCAGCUCCCUUACUCCCGGCCGACUGUUCAACGUAACUAUAACAACAAGAAGUGGCGAGUAUGAGAACUAUUCCUUCGGCCAGGAGCGCACAGUGCCCUCAAAAGUCCAGGGACUUACUAUUAGCAACUCAGCCAUGAGUGACCAUUUGAAAGUAUCCUGGCUGCAUGCCACUGGAGACUUCGAUCAUUAUGUGGUUGUCAUCACCAACAAGAAUAAUUCCGUCCAAACCAAGAUCAUCCCCAAGACUGAAAAUGAAUGUAUCUUUGGAAAUCUUGUUCCCGGGCGUCUAUACAGUGUCACCGUUAGUACCAAGAGUGGAAAUUAUGAAGCCAGUGAGCGGAUGAAUAAGAGAACGAUCCCGGAGUCUGUAAAGGAGUUAGUGCUACGUAAUAGGAGUACGGAAGAGCUGCAUGUCACCUGGGUGCGAGCUGACGGAGAUGUUGAUCAGUAUGAGAUUCAGCUUUGCUUCAAUGAUGUGAAGGUCCUUCCUUCCCUUCAUCUUGUAAAUACUGCAACUGAGUAUCGGUUCACAUCCCUAACUCCAGGCCGUCUGUACAAGAUUCUCGUUUUGACAAUCAGCGGAGAUGCACAAAAGUCAGCCUUCAUCGAGGGCUUAACAGCUCCCAGUCCUGUAAAAAAUAUACAUGUUUCUCCUAAUGGGAUGACAGACAGCCUGAAAGUGAACUGGACACCUGGUGGAGGAGACGUGGAUUCGUACACAGUGACAGCAUUUCGGCAGAACCAUAAAAUCGAUUCACAGACCAUCCCCAAGCGUAUCAACGAACACACAUUUCACAAAUUAGAAGCAGGGGAAGUAUACCAGAUUGUGGUAGAAUCUAUCAGCGGUUCCUUGAGUAACCAAGUGGAAACCCUGGGUCGAACAAUGCCUGCAUCUGUCCAGGGAUUAUAUGCCGAUAAUGCAUACAGUAGUCACUCAUUGAUAGUGAAUUGGCAAGGAGCAGCUGGCACGGCAGAAAGAUACGAUAUCCUACUUCUAAAUGAAGAAGGGAAAAUUCUGAGCAACAAAUCGGAGCUGGCUUCAGUAAAACAACACAAAUUUGAAGAUUUAAUACCAGGAAAGAAGUACAAGAUACAAAUACUAACUGUCAGCGGAGGUCUCUUCAGUGUUAGGGCUGAAACUGAAGGUCGGACAGUCCCAGCAGCUGUGACCAAUCUCAAGGUCACAGAGAAUUCCACCAGCCACCUAGCAUUCACCUGGACGACCUCUGAGGGAGAACUCAACUGGUACAACAUCUUCCUGUACAACCCAGACAAGACGCUCCAGGAGCGAGCCAAGGUGGAGCCUGGAGUUCAGUCCUGUGCUUUUCAGAACCUGAUGCAAGGCAGAAUGUACAAAAUGGUGAUUGUGACUCAUAGUGGGGAGCUUUCAAAUGAGUCAUUUAUAUUUGGUAGAACAGUCCCAGCCCCAGUGAACAAUCUCAAAGGAUCCAACCAGAACAUGACAGACAGCCUCUGGUUCACAUGGAGCCCUGCCCCUGGGGACCGAGAUUCUUAUGAACUGAUUCUUUACAAUCCCAAUGGCACACAGAAGGAAAGUUGGAAAGCAAAAGACCUCACAGAGAAGCAUUUCCAUAGCCUUGUUCCUGGGAGAAAGUAUACGCUAAGUGUGGUGACUCAUAGCGGUGACCUCACCAAUACCAUCACCGCUGAGAGCAGAACAGCACCAAGGCCUCCCAGUACUUUGUCCUUUGCUGAUGUGGCAAACACCUCCCUGGCCAUCACAUGGCUGGGUCCACCAGAUUGGACAGACUAUGAUGACUUUGAGCUGCAGUGGUUUCCAAGAGACCAACUCACCAUCUUCAACCCCUACAGUAACAGAAAAUCAAAGGGGCGCAUUGUGUACGGUCUUCAUCCAGGGCGGUUCUAUCAAUUCAGAGUCAGGACUGUCAGUGGCGAAUCAUGGAAAACCUACAGCCAACCUAUUUCUGGAACAGUGAGGACAAGGCCAGACAAGAUACAAAACCUGCAUUGCCGUCCACAGAAUUCCACAGCCAUUGCCUGUUCCUGGAUCCCUCCUGAUUCUGACUUUGAUGGGUACAGCAUUGAAUGCAGGAAAGUGGACACCGAGGAGGUGGAAUUCUCCCGAAGGCUGGACAAAGAUAAAUCCGUGCUCAAUAUCAUGACCCUAGUUCCUCAUAAGCAGUACCGUGUGUCCAUCAAGGUGCAGUCCGAGGGCAUGACCAGCGAGGUGGUGGAAGAGACCACAAUCACUAUGAUUGAUCGCCCUCCUCCGCCACCUCCACAUAUUCGAGUGAAUAAAAAGGAUGUGCUAAUUAGCAAGUCUUCCAUCAACUUUACUUUUAACUGCAGCUGGUUCAGUGACACCAAUGGGGCUGUGAAAUAUUUUACAGUAGUGGUGAGAGAGGCCGAUGGCAGUGAUGAGUUGAAGCCAGAGCAGCAUCACCCCCUGCCUUCCUACUUUGAAUACCGCCACAAUGCCUCCAUUCGAGUCUAUCAGACCAACUAUUUCGCAAGCAAAUGCACAGAAAGUCCUGAGUUCAACUCAAAGAGUUUUAACAUUAAACUUGGAGCAGAGAUGGAAAGCUUGGGUGGUAAAUGUGAUUCAAAUCAGCAAAAAUUCUGUGAUGGUCCCCUGAAGCCCCGCACUGCCUACAGAAUCAGCAUUCGAGCCUUCACUCAGUUAUUUGAUGAGAACCUGAAGGAGUUUACAGAGCCGCUCUUCUCAGAUACAUUUUUCUCCUUACCCAUCACUACCGAAUCAGAGCCUUUGUUUGGAGUUAUUGAAGGAGUGAGUGCUGGACUGUUCCUAAUUGGCAUGCUGGUGGCGGUCAUUGCCUUAUUUAUCUGUAGACAGAAAGUAAGCCAUGGUCAGGACAGACCAACAGCCAGACUCAGCAUCCGUAGGGAUAGACCAUUGUCCGUCCAUCUGAACCUGGGACAGAAAGGAAACCGGAGAACUUCUAGCCCCAUAAAAGUUAAUCAGUUUGAAGCACACUUCAUGAAGCUACAAGCGGAUUCCAACUAUCUUCUCUCCAAAGAAUAUGAGGAUUUAAAAGAGGUGGGUCGAAACCAAUCAUGUGAUACGGCCCUCUUGCCAGAGAACAGAGGGAAAAAUCGAUACAACAAUAUACUGCCCUAUGAUACAACAAGAGUGAAGCUUUCUAAUGUCGAUGAUGACCCUUGCUCGGACUACAUCAAUGCCAGCUACAUACCAGGCAACAACUUCAGAAGAGAAUACAUUGCUACUCAAGGGCCCCUUCCUGGCACCAAAGAUGACUUCUGGAAAAUGUCGUGGGAACAGAAUGUCCACAACAUUGUAAUGGUGACCCAGUGUGUUGAGAAGGGUCGGGUAAAAUGUGAUCACUAUUGGCCAGCAGACCAAGAUUCCCUCUAUUAUGGAGACCUCAUCGUGCAGAUGCUGUCAGAGUCUGUGCUGUCAGAAUGGACAAUCAGAGAAUUUAAAAUAUGCAGUGAGGAGCAGCUUGAUGCAAACAGACUCAUCCGUCACUUUCACUACACAGUCUGGCCAGAUCAUGGAGUUCCGGAGACCACCCAAUCCCUGAUCCAGUUCGUAAGGACAGUCAGGGAUUAUAUUAACAGAACACCUGGGGCUGGGCCCACCAUUGUGCACUGCAGCGCUGGCGUGGGUAGGACAGGAACCUUCAUUGCACUGGACCGCAUCCUGCAACAGUUAGACUCCAAGGACUCUGUUGACAUUUAUGGAGCAGUGCAUGAUCUUAGACUUCAUAGGGUUCACAUGGUUCAGACAGAGUGCCAGUAUGUGUAUCUACAUCAAUGUGUAAGAGACGUCUUAAGAGCCAGGAAGCUUCGUAGUGAACAAGAAAACCCUUUAUUUCCAAUCUAUGAAAAUGUGAAUCCAGAGUAUCACAGAGAUGCUGUCUAUUCAAGGCAUUAAGAAUGUAGCAGAGAUCUCUUUGGAUCAACCCCAUUCACUGUGUGAUUGUUUUUGUUAAACUCCAUAUCCUAGAGAGGUGCCAGAUAUUUCUGUUUAUAUUGUGUAUAAUUUAUUAGUCUAGUAAAUUUUAAAAGAAUCUAUGUAAUUUAAGUGUAAUAGUUAUUAUUGUACAUAAUUUGUAUUUUGUGAUAUUCUUCUGUAAAUAUGUAUUUUUCAGUGUUUAAUAUUAAGCUUCAGAUAAUACUAUUUUUCCAUCCUAAAGUUUUUAUAAAUUGUUCUACAUAAAUGGUUUUAACCUGUAUGACAGGAUCAUUGGUGGAAUGUCUGUGUUGGCUUUUUCAUUGUCCCUUAAUAUCCAGGGGCAAUCUUGGGGUGGGAGCUGUCCUUCAUUUAUUUGAUAUUCAAAGAAUUGGAAAAGUCUCAGAGUGGAUGGCAACCUACAUUUGAGCCAUCUGAAUCUGAGUCUACAUAAUGAGAAAUAUUGGAUGAGAAGAUUAAUCAAGCUGACGCGUUCCCAGCAUCUUAACUACCAAAUAGGGAACAUCAGCAGAGCUCCUCCAUCAGCUAUGGCUCCCCUGGCCCUCACCAAUAAUUCCCCAAUGACCACUUCAGUGACUGUGUAAAGAUAAAGACUCAUUUACAGAGAGAUUCUUAACCUGAAAUGUUGAAGACUUUUAAUGGUUUCUGCUAUAAGCAAAAGCAGAAUUCUACAUACAAAGAAAAAUACCAGCAAUAAACCAUUUCCUGAAAACUCAGUGACCACAGUAGCAUGAAAGAAUAGUGUAGACACUACUGGGGGCUAUUUCAUCUCGUCAGUGUAUCUCUACACAAAAAGUGUGUGUAUAAGGAGGUGACUAGUGACAGGCAGCCCCUUUUAUCUAUCAUGUUCAUGUUUGAAUGUUUAUAUGUACAUUCAGGUAGUCCUCUGAUUUGCAGGGAGUUGUAUUCCUGGAAAAGGUGCUUUAAAUCAGAAUGAAUUCAAUUUAAUCUGAUUUUCCCCAUGUAAACAAUGUUACAAUGGGGGAAGGGGGAAGAGAGGAAGAGGGUUAUAUUUGAGACCUAAGACCUACUGCCAACUUUUCAUAGAAAUGACCACAAGUACCAUAUUUAAUGUAUAAUUCCAAUUGACACUUGUAUGCCAAAUGAUGUAUACCUUAUGUACUGCUUGAUACAAAUGAAGCAGGGUAAUAUAGUAACAAAUUACAUAAAAGUGUAUUUGGUAGGGUGAAUUUAUCUCUACAUAAUAUACAAAGUCCUUAUCUUGGUUUUCCAUAAUUCCUUCUUAGUUUUACUGCAACAAAUCCCAUAAAAGGAAGAAACACUUUUAUCAAGAUCAUGACACCAAUUUCCACCCCCCCUUCCUCAAACUUUCUCUCUCUUUCUCUCCACUCUUUCUGCUUCUCUCCCUCCAUCUCUCUUUUCUCUCUGAG